AUGGGAAUGGAACGACAACUGUAAGCACUGACUUCCAGUUUAUCCAUGGCGUCCCUUCUUUCCUUAUCUGCAAGUUCCUUGAGCAGAGCAGCAACUGCUGUUUCUCUUCCAACCACUUCGUUCAAGGGAGAUGUGAAGAUUUUGAACUCGAAGCCGUUCAACAUUUCUUCAUUCAGGCUCAAAUUCAAGGUCGGAGAUGGAAAACACCUGGUUUUUCGCAACCAGGCAGCUGCGUCUUCCCUGUCUGCCUCCUCCGUCGAGGGUGUGCGGUUUCGACUGGACAAUCUUGGACCGCAGCCAGGGUCGAGGAAGAAGGGGAAGAGAAAGGGGAGAGGUAUAUCGGCGGGGCAAGGCGGCAGCUGUGGGUUUGGAAUGAGAGGGCAGAAAUCAAGGUCUGGGCCAGGUGUAAGAAAAGGAUUCGAGGGUGGGCAAAUGCCUCUUUAUCGGAGAAUCCCCAAACUUAGAGGAAUUGCAGGAGGUAUGCAUGCUGGGUUACCUAAAUAUGUCCCAGUGAAUCUGAAGGACAUUGAAGAGGCAGGAUUUCAGGAAGGGGAAGAGGUCUCCCUGGAAACUUUGAAGGAGAAGGGUUUGAUCAACCCAUCAGGAAGAGAAAGGAAACUCCCAUUAAAGAUUUUAGGUGAUGGGGAGCUAAGUGUGAAGCUAAAUAUCAAGGCUCGAUCCUUCUCAUCAGCAGCAAAACAGAAGCUUGAAGCUGUUGGCUGCUCCCUUACAGUACUACCUGGACGAAAGAAGUGGGUUAAGCCAUCAGUGGCUAAGAACCUCGCACGUGCAGAAGAAUACUUCGCAAAGAAAAAGGCUGCGGCAGCUGCUGAAGAUCAAGCCUCCGCAUGAGUGGUUGUAAAGUUGCAAAUGGUGACAAAUUCCAGGUUAAAUCUCUUCCUUCGUAAUUUUGGGCCUUGGCUAUAAUAUUGUGGGCUUUCAGUCCAAUUCCAUGGUAGUUGUCUGAUUGUAUUAUUGAUUGAUUUCGAGAGCAACUUUUCUUCUCUGAAAUUAUGUCGUUGCUCUCUUUAAUUAAACUGCCAAAAGAGAGUAUAAUCAAUUAAAAGAAAAACAUGGUUCAAUUCAGAAAUAGCGCGUUGAAUAUAAGUUGACUAGUGGGGAGAAGAGCACAUCAAA